AUGCUCAUGAGCGAUGGGCUACUGCGGGUAUUUUGGCCAUAUGAUCUCCCGCGAUCCUCGUUGCCGGGGGUGAUAGUUGGAUGGCGCAAUUCGGAGCUGGAUUUCUUUGUGCUCACGGUGCUGGAAGAUGUCGAGCCACGGAAUGUCGACAAUGCGCUUCGCGCUGGAAUCCUCUUUCGAAAUGCUCCACAUCCAAUUGUUCGCAUAUUCAGCCUCUGUGGCCGAUCUCAGAUGCAUGUUCUCGGCUCGACGAAUCUCCGCGAUCCUCCGACGUCGUUUAAUCCCUCCCAUCUAUAUGUGACUACGCACCCGCCGUCGAAAGCGCCGCAGAUUUAUUGUCCGCCGGAAGCCAAUUUGUCGGUUCAGGUUAUUAUGUUUCACCGUCCACAACCGACGCGCAUGGAAUAUAUGUCAUUGGAUCCGAUUUCCCUUGCGUUGGGUGAUAAAGUCAAGGCCACAGAGGAUGGUGGCUCAGUAACGAGUAAGGUCGAGUCCGAGGAAGAGAGGGAGAAAGCUCGGUCUCGAGUCUUGGUUGAAAAAUUGAAACUUCACACGGUGGUCAAGCAUGUUCCGUCGCUUAAAGAGCAGGCUCUUCCUCUGAUUGUCAACCAAGUCAAUUGCGCCUACGAGAUGAGUCAAUUGAUGCAUAAAAACAGUCAUCUAAUUGGAAUCCGGGCCAAACGAAGCAUGAGCGUUGGUGAGCGUGUCGUGGAAUCUGCUACGACAUUGUGGGGACUCUUUGUUCUCUGCGUGGCUCAUGUGUUCUGGCAGUGGAUUUGGCCGGUUGUCACUAGGGUUUUUGUCAUCGGGCUCGUGGCCCACCGAUCAGUCGCGGAAGUCGUCCUACAGGUUCUGGAAUGGCGUGCAAGACCAGAUGCCGCGGCUAUCAAGGAUAUUUCUGCAACUGCUCAACAGGUUGAUAUACGGCUGCAGCAGUUCUGUUACUGGCCUAUCCAGUAUGUCAAAUUGCGUCAGAGGAAAGACAACUGGGAGAGUGUGACGACCAGCCACCCCGAUUAUAUUCGGUUUUACAACAGUCUAUGGCUGGUGGCCAAUGAUGUGAUCAUCGGAAUUGCCCUCGGCUCAUAUAUCAUUGACAACGCGAAUUGGGUGGCUUCUCAAAUCAACCUCGUUCUCACUGGCUGGACCGUUGAAGGCCUGCAACGCACCAUUUCAUGGCUGAUGGACUGGCCUGCCGGUUUAAAGCUGAACAACGAGCUUGCAGCCUUCCUCGGUGAUCUCUUCCUCUGGGUCAUUGAGAACUGGGCAGCCUGCAUCGCCAAUCUCCAACCAUAUCUCCCUGCUGUUAUCUACAUCGUCGGCUGUUCCAGCUUCGCCGGAGCCAGCAUGCCCAUUGCCCUCUUCUCUGACCUUCUCUCGAUUCUGACCGUUCACAUCUACUCUUUCUACAUCGCCUCUGCCCGUAUCUUCAACUGGCAGCUUACCAUCAUCAUCUCCCUUUUCCAUCUGUUCCGCGGGAAAAAGCGGAACGUACUGCGCAACCGAAUAGAUUCAUGCGAUUACGACCUCGACCAACUCUUGCUAGGAACCAUUCUCUUCACGGUGCUCUUUUUCCUUUUGCCAACCGUGGUGGUCUUUUACUUGACCUUUGCCUCGGCUCGAAUGUUGAUCAUUUCCAUGAAGGCCGGCUUCGACACCUGUCUGGCGUUCCUGAACCAUUUCCCUCUCUUUGCGCUCAUGCUACGCGUGAAAGAUUCCCAGCGACUACCUGGAGGUAUCCGAUUCGAGCUUCGGGAUGAACUGGACAAGCAGAGCACGGAUUCAGACUCUACCUUUUCAUACAUCCAUCUUGAAUCCAUCCCACUUCCGCUCCGCGCAAUGUUCGACCAAUACUUCCAACUCGGCCACCGACUUCGAAAGCACUAUUUAGCACCACGCGUCAUCUUCUGCCUCGCUACUGGCCGCUUCGUCCCGCCCAUCCACCGCCGCAACUUAUACAGCAUGCAGUACAGUAUGCUCCCUGCACGUCGAGCUGGAAUGGCUGAGGUGUGGGCUAUGCUCACUCAGCCGAAGAAGGGUAGUGGUGGAAGUGGUGGCUCUGGCUCUGGCUCUGGUGGUAUGGGUAACACGAUACCCAAGGUCCCGCCGAACUUUGGGCAGGGGGACAGUCGAAGACGAGGUCAUCGAUGA